CCCGCGAAUUGUGGGACGGCUUGGUGCGGUAGGUAGGGUAAAGCCGGAGAAUUUCGGUGGUUUGGUGAAGUGUUGGUAGUCGUGCGGCCAGUUUCCGAUGAAUUGUGUGGGUUCCCACCGCCGCUAGUUUUUUCUUUACUUCCGAAAGGUCGUUCUUUCUUUUUCGUAAUCUUCUCUGAUAUUAUGAAUUGUGCUCGUGGGAUAUAGGCCUGACCGGAUCUUCUCCUGUUUGCGAUUAUGCCUGCUAGAUUUACUGUUGGUUUACUUGCUAUCCUUUCAUUUUCAUGUUCUGCUAGUUGAUAGUCGCUGGAAAAGAAAUUUAGAUUCAAAGCCAUCUCGAUGUGAUGAACUGCGCCUAGCAGCGUGCUGUUGUAUAAUCUGGCGCAUGAGUCACACAAGCACACGGCGUUUUGCUUUAUACUGUAUGUUGCUUUUAUGCGAUUCCCUGUUUAAGAUAUUACUCGUUAUUUGUCAUUCGGUCCUGAGGUGGUCUAUAUGUCUUGAUUUGACAUGAGAAUAAAUGUGAUAUAUGCUUGUGUGUUGUGCGGGGAGAGGAAUCAGUGCCCCUUGAGUGUCUUUUAGUAUAGGAAUGUCUUGGGUACUGGUCUACCUAACGGCGGCUUUCUUCCUUCACAUUAUCACAUAGUUUCACCCACUGCGGUUAGCUGGCUUCCCUGCUUUGUGCCUUCAAUUAUACGCAAGCAUCCUUUUGUAUUCCUUUUUAACUUUUUUUUAUUGUGAAUAGGUUUGGUGGUUGCUUUAUGGAUGUGGAUGUUCAGCCCCUGGCGUAACUUAUUAGAAAUGUCUUCAGGGGAUAUUUGUGUGUGGAAUGCAUGCUGCUAUUCUUCAGUAGGGUGAGCUCAUGAAUUUGCUUCACAUGGAUGGGGUCUCAAUAUUUUGAGUUUCGGUGAUCAAAUCAGCAUCAUAUAGAUUUCUUUUGCUUGGUCGACAUGGGAGCUAAUUGCUGUAUAGCUGCAAAGCAGAGGCCUCAGCCAUGUAUCAUUCCAGUUGAAGUGUCAGCUUACAGGAAUGUAAGACACUCCCCAUCAUGGAGCUUCCGAUGGGACAACAGAACACAUAUAGAAGACAUAAUGGAAAUCCCCACAUUUUUGUCCAACCAUAGUAGUGGAAGUAUUCGGCCUGAAACGAAGAGUGGUUCCAUUGCACCAACUGAAGGCUUUUCUAAUGGUGGUAGCCCUUCUGAUUUGUUCCACAAGGUCAAGUGGCAGAAAUCAGAAAAGAAGAUGGAAACAUCUAAAGUUGCUCAAUCUGAUCCUAGAGCAGAUAGACCCACUGCAAGUAACUCUUCCCCUGAGGCAAAGCUUUGCAGGAAAUCACUAGACAUGGUAAGCGUUGCUUCAGAUACAAAGGCAUCAGCCUCUGUCUCUUCAACACCACCUGUGGUAUCCAGAGCAGAUCCUUCAUCCUCUAGGGGACAUUCUCUAGGGAUGGAUACAGAUUCAAUGAGGAAAGCACGUCGCUCACCAGGAUAUCAACUAUAUAGACAGGUCUCAGACAGCAAGAUUCCAUCUCUCAGAUCUCUCAAUGAGAGCAACUCUCCUGAAGGAAGGCCUUCCUCCUCCAUGCUCUCAGUCUGCAGCAAUGAUUUAUCUGUAGCAGGAUCACAUGGAGAGUCAUCUGAUGGUUGGUCAAUGCGAACAUUUUCAGAAAUGGUUGCAUCAUCCCAAAGAGAGAGAUGGUCAAUUGAUAGUGAGCUCUUAGGUUCCAUUUCAAGUAAAAUGACCCGAUCAAAUGCUUCAAAUCGUACUACCGUCUCCCCUGACCAAGAGGUGUGCAAACUAUGUUUAAAGCUACUAAAGGAAAGGUCUGCGUGGAAUGCCCAGGAUCUGGGUGUUGUCGCUGUUUUAUUGUGCGGCCAUGUUUACCAUGCUGACUGCCUGGAUAGCUUAACUGCAGAAGCUGAGAAAUAUGACCCUCCUUGCCCCGUAUGCACUCACGGUGAACAAUGUACCGUGAAGCUAUUCGGUAAGCUGGAAUCAAAGAUAAAGAACAAGAUACCUACAAAUGUGAUACUCGAUGGUGAUCUAGAUGGGAGCUCUAAGCAUCAGAAGAAAAGCAAGAGAGUGCCCAGAUUGGGCACAAGUAUUAGCAUGAAGGACUCGUUUAGUCGGCCAUUUUUGAGGAGGCAUUUCUCAAUUGGCUCCCGGCCACCUCGGUUAGUUUCAGAGAGCGAGUCCACAAGGAAGAAGGGCUUCUGGGCGAGGCACUGGAGAGAAUAGCAUAGCACUCAGUCAUCAAACAGAAGGGCUCUUGAAGAGGAAGUGAACUCCCAAGCAAAGCAUGUGGGUUUUGCAGUCAAGGGAAACUGAUCUGAAAGAUAUUUGCUGUUGAGCAACGACCGUACUGGAAGUUCCUCCUACUCGUCAUGUUCAGAGUUGGGCACUCUGAGUGAUGUUAUUGGUUUUCAGGAUAGAAUAAUAAUAACAGUUUCUAUAUUAUGCAACUGAGGGUUCUUGCAGACCCCGUCGCAGCUUAUUAGCAAGUAACCUAACAGAGAAGGGAUGGCCUUCAGGCUGUAGGUAGGAUCCAGCAUGGUUGAUUGUUACGUCCAGUUUUUUUUUCUUUGUAUUAUUGGUUAUGCGCACCAGCGAUUGUUUGAUCUGAUACAUAAUUUGGGAACUGUCGUACAUAGCUGAUGCUAUUUGUUCGUUUAAAAUGCAUCACAGAAGGCGUUGAUGGUAA